AUGUUAAUCAAUAACUUAAAGAAUAUCACAUUUUCAUCUGGAAAUCAAUUGAACUUUACAAUGAUUUCCAAAGAUUCAACUAUUUCAAUGAACAAUUCAAAUAUUAAAGAUUCAUUGAAUCAAAUCAGUGGAACAAAAGUUGUAAAACCUUUCUGGGCUGUUUGUGAUAUUUAUAGUAAAAUUUAA